AUGUCUACAAAUUUUGCUAUUGAUUCUUUGUCGAAUAAACCAGAUUCAUUUGAUGAAAAGGAUGAGAAAUCUAAACCUCCGUCUUAUACAUCAUAUUUGGUUAACAAAUGCUUGAAUGUUAAUGAAUCUCAUAAAACAAAAGAUUCAUAUGAUAAGGGGUUUUCAUCACUUAAGAUGCAAGGAGGAGAUAUUCACCGAAAUAUUUAUCGGUGGAAAGAAAAUGUCAAUUCUCAACAUUAUGUAAAAUCUCGCUCGCAGUCUUUUAAUCUAUCUAAUUUAAAUGACAACAUGUUUUCUCCCAUUAAUAUGUCUCAACUUCAAUCUCCAGGGGGAUUUAGACGGGGCUAUAUUCAAAUGGAAGGAAAUAAAAUAGAUGAUACACAGACUAGUCCUAAAUAUUUAAGUUUUUUGGAAUUUCUAGAUUUAUACUGGAAGUUUUUUGGUGAAAAUUUAAAAUAUUAUGAAAAUAAGCAUUUAACUAAUAAUGCGGAUAAUGCACAAAAGUCUCGAGAGUCUUUGCCGUUAUUAUCUAUUUCUGAAAAUCCUUGUACAGCUGAUUUACAUAAAGAUAGAAAAAUGGAUAUUUUUAAAGCAAUUCUUUUACUUUUGAAAUCAUUUGUUGGCACUGGUGUAUUAUUUUUACCAAAAGCUUUUUCUUAUGGAGGAAUGUUGUUUUCCCCAAUUAUCCUUGUCGGAGUUGCUCUUCUUUCUUUGUACUGUUUUAUAGUUUUGAUAAAAAUUCGAGCUAUUAUUCCUGGUAGUUAUGGAGACAUGGGAUAUGCUAUUUAUGGUCCAAUAAUGAAAUUUAUUAUUUUAUUAUCUAUUGCAUUAUCUCAGAUUUUAUUUGGAUCAGCGUAUACCAUUUUUGUUUCAGAAAAUAUAAGUGCACUUAUAAAGUCAAUUACAUCAAAGCAGUAUUAUGUUAGUCCUAAAUGGUUAAUAUUCUCUCAGUUCAUUAUUUUUGUUCCGUUUGUAUUAAUAAGAAACAUUUCAAAACUUUCAACGCUAGCUUUGAUAGCAGAUGUUUUAAUUCUAUUAGGAAUAGCCUAUUUAUACUAUGUCCUUAUUUUUACUUUAACCACACAAGGGUUAAAUGAUAUAACUAUUCUUAAUACUUCUAGUUUUUCAUUUUUCAUUGGGACAGCUGUACUUUCUUUUGAAAGCAUUGGUUUGAUUCUUCCAAUAGCAGAAUCAAUUACUCAGCCAAAAAAUGUUUAUUUUAUUCUAUAUCUUGUAAUGGCUAUAGUUACUGUUGUUUUCACAUCUGUAGGUAUUUUGGGUUAUGCAGCAUAUGGAUCUAAAGUACAUACAUUGAUUUUUUUAAACAUGCUUCAAAGUAAAGUUUCAAUGAUUAUUCAAAUUUUAUAUUGCAUUGCCGUAAUGUUAUCAACUCCUUUGCAAUUAUUUCCUGCAAUAAAAAUAAUUGAAAGUAAAUUACUUACUGGAAGUGGAAGGCUUAAUCCAUAUGUACGUUGGAAGAAAAAUUUCCUUAGAGUUAUAGUAGUAUUAAUUAUGGCAUUAAUUGCAUGGAGUGGUUCUAAGAAUUUAGAGAGAUUUAUUUCUCUUGUCGGUUCUAUUGCAUGCAUUCCAUUAGUGUAUAUGUACCCAUCGUUAUUACAUCUUAAAGUUUGUGCAAAACAAACAUGGUCAAAAAUAUGUGAUAUAUCAGUUUGUUUAAUAGGUGCAUUUGCGAUGAUUUAUGUAACUAUUGUUACUAUCCAAUCUCUUCAUUGA